CAGACUUCAGAGGUCAGAAGGGCCUCAUCACAUGGACCUCAAUCCAACAGUCGCAUAUGCAAGGGAAGCUGCCAGUGCCAGGUAGAUAUUGGGGACAGGCCGCAGGCGUGAGGUGCGUCCUUAUGACCUCACUGACAAGUGGGGUCCAUCUGCAGAUUCAACCCUCCCCUCAACGGCUAGUUUCCACCCCCGCAGCCGUUGGGACAAAAGCCAAACAAAACCAGAGGGACCUCUCUCACCAAACCACACCACCCACCUCUCCUCUCCCUCCAAGAACCAUCACUCUGUGACGCUCCCUUGCUCAGCUUCUCGAGAGAUCGCCAAAGAAGCGGCGCCGACAGCAAAGCUCUGCGGCGAUGGGGUACACGUACACGCCGACGUACUACUCGGGCCUGCAGGACACCAUCGCGUCGCUCUGCAAGUCCAUCCUGCCCUCCUUCCGCGUGGGCCGGCGGCUCACCGCCGACCAGGCCGCGGCGCGGCGCCACGCCGAGCAGCUCAAGUGGCAGCAGGAGUCCUUCCACCGCAUCCUCCACCUCGCGGCGCUCCACCGCGAGGGCAUCGUCCCGGCCUCCGACGUCGCCGCCUUCCGCGGCACCAUGCUCGCGGCGCUCGUCGCGCCGCCGCAGCACCCCGAGCAGCCCGCGGUGCUCCGCGACAAGCUCCUCUUCCUCCAGGAGCUGCUCUACGCCAAGUGCGUCUCCGCGGCGGAGUACAACGCGUCCAAGGCGCCCCUCGUGCAGCGGCUCGCCGCGUUCGGCGUCGUCGUCGACUGCCCCGACGCCGAGGUCUCGGCCGAGGAGUGGUCUGAGAUCGACCUCCGUGACCCGCCGCCUCCCCCCGCUACUGCGGCGGCCUCCGACAAGCCGAAGCACAAGGCCUUCAUCACGCCGUGGAAGAGCAGAUCCAAGAAGGACCAGGACGUGAACAGCAGCGCAUCGAGGCCGCCGCUGGCCCCGGUGGACGCCAACAACGCGUCAGUCCUCAUGGCCGAGAGCUCGCCGUCGGAAGCGGUGCCCUCCGGGAAGGCCGAGAAGGGGAAGAGGAGGCAUCUGGCGGGGAUGUUCCACAGCGGCGGCAAUGGCACCGAGAACAAGGAGCCUGCGGGGGAGGAAGGGGUCGACGAGAAAGAGACGGUGAAAGGUAAGAAGAAAAGCUCGUGGGGGUUCGAUGGCAUCAAGAAGUGGAAGAAAGCUGGUGCCUGUAACAGUGGCGAGGCGGCAGCCACCGGUGAGCAGCCGCAGCGUGCUCCUCCGCGCUCAUCCUACAGCGAGUGCCAGCUGGAGGCGAGCCCCAUGGCUGCCUCUAGCCCGGAUGCCAAGAGGGCCAAGACGAGGCUGCACUCGAACACGGAUGAUGACUCUGCUUCCGAGCUGCUGCGUGAUAAGGUGCUGGUGGAGAACACAAAGAAAGAGCUCUCAAGGAUUCAGGCUGAGCUAUCAUCUACAAAUCGGAACUUGAACUUCUCCAAUCAGCAGAUCGAGGCCAUCUCAACAAAGCUUCCAGUGGACAAAUCUGACCUCAAGCCCUUCUUCCCAAAGGCAUGGUGCGAUCAGCAUGGGGAUGGCGUGAUCACCGCCGCUAAGAAAGAGUUCAAGGAGCACGUCGAAGAGAUGGAGAAGCAGAGGGACAUCACUGACAGUGAGGGCUGGGCUACCUUUGAGGACAUCGACCUCGAUGACAAUUUCAACCCCAGGACCUUCUCUCAGCAUCAGUCGGACUCGGUGGUGAAAGGGAAGAAAGUCAAUGAAAGCCUCACCAGCAGUUUCACAAAUCCCUUCUACAACGAGAAGAACCCGUUCUUGAACACAAACUACAACUGAAUGAUGUUGGACCCUUUUGCGUUGGGAUGUAUCAGUUCGUUUUAUAUUUUCGUUACUGGUAUAAUGGCAUUACUGUACUUAGGGUUCAAUUGUUACAUUGGACCAGGGUUGCUGUUUAUGGCGUAAGAAGUUGUAUGAUUGGAGCUUGUACGUCCCUUGAUUAUCCUUGAUAUCUAUGAAUGCACAUCAGUUUUUUUUUUC